CACACACACACGUUUGUCUUACAUUACUUGUAAGGACUUUCAGUGACUACUGUUGAAUUUUGUACUAGUUUUGCCAAGUAAUACUUCACCUUCAACUAAACCUAACCCUAACCUCAGUAUCCAAAAAGGCUCUUUACUUUUAAAACUUAAUUUGUGGUGAAAAUAACAUGUGCUCAAGUGAGGACCAGCAAAGUGUCACCACUUGGGCAAAAUGGUCAUGUUGUCUUAUCAAUGUGAGGACAUGGACAAACACACACGCACGCAGAGUACAUCACUGUGCAAAAAUCAGAGACCACCUAUCCAUUUCCAGUCAAAACAGCCAUUAAGUACAAGUUGUUCAUUUUUGGAGUUAACUAUUUAGCAGAAAAUUACACAGAAGCCUCAACAACAAGUAUAAUACAUUGUUCAGUAGUGUUCAACCUUUGUCUUUUUGGGUGCCUUGCUUUUAGUUUUUCAAAGUUUUGUUAGGGAUAUUUUUUAUGCCUCCAAAAUUCAGUCUUAGAAGUUGGUUACAUUUUCUGCUUCGCUGCUUUUUGACAGCUACACAUCCUUUCAGACUCACGGUGUUGAGUUGUCUUCUUGCAGUGGAAGGAUGAACAGUAAUACCCGUGGAUUUUUUCUAGAUCUGAAGCAAGAGUGGAGCUUGAUUUUCUCCUCUCUCUCAAAGUUGAAAGCUCUAACUACUGUUUAUCUGAUGGUGACAGUUUUGGUGGUCUGUCAGGUCUUGCACAGUUGUUAGGUGUCCCAUUUUCUCUGUACCUUGUCACAGUUUUUGACCUUCAACACCUGUUUUUGCACUUAUUUCAUGUGACUUUCCUCUUCCAUCAUAUGCAAGUGGGCUAUCUUAUAUCUAAUCUACUUAGAAAUAUCUCCUUCAGGCAUUUUAGAUUCACAUGAGAAAGAAAUUUGCAGGGCUGCUAAGGUGUGUUUGGGUAGUUGCUUGUGUAAAUGUGAAUGAACGUCUCUUUGAAAGGUAACAAAAUGUCAGUGAGAGCUUUGAGUCUUGCUGGGAGAACACAGUAACAUGAAGAUAAAUAAAUAAAUGCAUGGUCUUUUGCACUUCUGCAUGGCCUGUAUAUUAGUCAUAUUUUAUUUUGGGAGUCCCCUAUAGAUCAUCUACAGAUGCUUUAAUUGUAAACCAUCCGGUGAGAUCAGCAAUGUUAAAAUUAGGUUUUAGGUUGAAGGUUUAGGAUUAGAUUUAUAAGAAUUUAUUACAUUAUGUUUAGAGUUUAGAUGUAUUUAUGGAUGCAUCUGUAAUCUAAUAGAUAUUGCAUCUAUUUCUAAUAAGUAGUUGAAUGUUACUUAAAGACAAGCAUCUACAGUGGACUCUCAAAAUAAAGUGUUAGCAAUAUAACUAAAUAGGUAUGAGCCUUGUUUUGCAUGGCACAUUAGGAAAGAGGACCAUGCUUCCUUUUUUGCCACUAUUAAUAGUUGUACCACUGAAGUGCAUGCACAGAAUUCAUAUGACAAAACUGAUGCUUUCAUCAAAAGCGUAAUGUAAAAAAUUGUAUGCAACUGUGCAUUUGACAGCUGUGAGACUGUCGGUGUGUGUGCGUGUAUUUGUGAGAGAGACAGACAAAGAUCGAGAAGGAGAAGUGACACAGGAAGUCAAGAGGCUUGCGGUAAACAGCUCAUAUGCCUCAAUUUAAAGAAGCGGUUUGCAGUGCAAUGCUCAGUGCUGUGAUGAAAGGAAGACUUUGAAGCUCCACAGAACAGAUCAGUGUUCGACACGUUGUUGCUGUGUGAAAGUGUUUUCUGGGUCAUGCCUAUAGAAUCGCAAUAAGGGGAACGACGUUUGAACAUCGUAUGUGUGCCUGGAUUUCUUUGAAAAGGAGUAUUUACGACAAAAAAGACUUCAUAAACAUGGGAAACAGUGGAGAGGAGGGGAAACUGCACCGGAGACUGUCCCGCAUAGGGAGCAGAGGACAGCGAGAACCUCCGAGACCCCCACCCCAAGCAGAUAAACCCCCAACCCCUGCCCCACCAGCUGCCACAGCAAGACCACCUGAACCUGCUCCAAAACCCCCAGAAGCAAGCGCUAAACCUUUAGAACCUGCUCCCAAACCCCUGGUAGUCACUCCAAAGCCCCCUGAGGCUGCUCCAAAACCCAGUAUUCCUCCCAAACCCUACAUACAGGUGUUUAACAGCACAGAGCAUGGAAACACCAUGCUUCAGGGGCUUGAUCAGUUUCGCUCUGAUAAGACGUUGUGUGAUGUCACUCUGGUGCCUGGAGACAGCAGCGAAACCUUUCCAGUUCACAGGGUGAUCAUGGCUUCAUCCAGUGAUUACUUCAAGGCCAUGUUCACAGGCGGGAUGAAAGAGCAGGAGCUGGAGGAAAUAAAGCUGCAUGGAGUGAGCACCACAGGCUUGAAGAACAUUAUUGAGUUCAUUUAUACAUCUCAUCUGAGUCUGAACUUAAGCACCCUCCAGGACACUCUAGAGGCUGCCAGUUUCCUCCAAGUGCUUCCAGUCCUCAACUUUUGCAACCAGCUACUAAGCAGUGAGGUCACCAUAGAAAACUGUGCAGAAGUUGAGCGCAUUGCGAGUGAUCUUCUCCUGGAGGACGUUCAGACCCACGUAUAUAACUUUGUGUGCCAGAACUUCGCUGCUCUGGUGCAAAGUGGACGCUUCCUGCAGCUGUCUGAGGCCACCAUAGCAUAUGCCCUGUCCAGUGAUUCUCUGAAAGGAUUCUCUGAAAUGGAGCUCUAUCGCGCUGCCCGUGCUUGGCUGGCUCACAAGCCCAGUGAACGUCGACCUGCUGCAUAUUCCUUGAUGCGCCACAUCCGCUUCCCCCUGAUGACCCCCGCUGAACUGCUGCAGAUAUCUCAGGAGGACCAGACAGAUGUGGGCAGUGAUGGGGAAAAGAAAGCAGAAGAGCCCUUCAUGCGUUCCGACACCGCCUGUGUAAACCUUCUUUUAGAGGCCAGCAACUACCAGAUGCUGCCGUUCCUUCAGCCGGCACUGCAGACCGAGCGGACAUGCAUUAGGUCAGACACCACGCACCUGCUGGCUCUGGGCGGGGUGAUGAGACAGCAGCUGGUGGUCAGCAAGGAGUUAAGGCUGUAUGAUGAGGAAGGAGGAGGCACGUGGAGAGCUCUCCAGCCCAUGGAGGUUCCUCGCUACCAGCAUGGAGUGGCCCUUUUGGGAGGGUUUCUGUACAUCGUAGGGGGACAGAGCACUUAUGAUACAAAGGGUAAGACGGCAGUGGACAGCGCUUACAGGUACGACCCUCGUUUUGACCGCUGGCUACAGGUGGCCUCCCUAAAUGAGAAGAGGACGUUCUUUCAUCUGAGCGCUUUGAAAGGGAAGCUCUACGCCGUUGGAGGGAGGAACGCCACAGGCGAGAUUGACACAGUGGAGUGUUACAACCUGAGCAAAAACGAGUGGACCUUCGUUUCGGCCAUGAGUGAACCUCAUUACGGCCAUGCUGGUACAGUGCAUGGAGGGCUGAUGUAUGUGUCAGGUGGAAUAACGAGAGAUGCUUUCCAGAAAGAGCUGUCAUGCUACGACCCAGACACAGACUCAUGGAGUCGUCGAGCAGACAUGAUGGAGCUCCGUGGCCUGCACUGCAUGUGCACUGUGGGCGACCGUCUCUAUGUUAUGGGUGGAAACCACUUCCGUGGAACCAACGACUAUGAUGACGUGCUCAGUUGUGAAUACUACAGCCCUGCGACUGACCAGUGGACACUGGUGGCUCCGAUGCCCAGGGGUCAGAGCGACGUUGGUGUGGCUGUGUUUAAGGAGAAGAUCUAUGUGGUGGGGGGUUAUUCUUGGAACAGCCGGUGUAUGGUGGAUAUUGUUCAAUGCUAUGACCCUGAAAAGGAUGAGUGGGAGAGGGUGUUUAACGUGUUGGAGCCUCUAGGAGGCAUAAGAGCCUGCACCAUGACUGUCCAUCGUCCAGAAGGCUCUGUAGAUGAAGCUCAAAUACAGGAAUGUCCCCUCCCAACAGCUAAGAACUGAAAUGGAGGACAGAUUUUUUAUUUUUUUUGGUGGCUACAGAAAAAAGGGCACUGGUAAUACACCCUUAAAAAUGGUUCUUUAAGGGUUUUUAAGUAAAGAAAAUGGUUCUGUAUAAGACCGUGAACACUCAAAGAACCCAUGAUUAAAGGGUUCUUCAGUUUGAUGGAGAAUGUGCUGUAUAUAGUUUUAUAUCGCUGCUGUCUGAACAAAACCUUGUAUCUCCAUUUUUGUUGUCUUUCAGUUUUUGACAUAAUUUGAAAAUACCUGUUGCCCUUUACAUUGUGUGUAAAUUUUCAUGAUCAUUGGACAAAACAAAAUGGCCCAAAAUUAUUGUAACAAAAAGUCUGGUUCCAUUGACUUACAUUAAAAGUAAAGUAUAUUUUUCUUUCUCCUAUAUUUUGUAGACACUAGUUUUUGUUCCAACAGAAGUGAUACAGAACCCUAGAAGGUUCUAUAUAGCACGAAGAAGGAUUCUUCUGUUGUUACAAACUUAACAUCGUAGCAAUAGAAAAAUCCUUUUUUGAUGCUAUAUAGAGUCAUUUUCAAAUUUUCACAUAUAACACGUUCUCCAUCAAUCUGAAGAACCAUUUUAUGAUGCAAAGAACCUUUUAAUCCUGCAAAGCAUUCUUUGAGUAUUCACGGUUCUACAUAGAACUAUUUUCUUCACUAAAGAACAUUUAAAGAACCAUCUUUUUUAAGAGUGUAGGCCUUGAAAACAUGGCAGAAGUUAAUUAGAAUUGAGAAGAACUGUGUUAGUUGCUCUGUAUAUUUUGGAAAACACAUUUUGAAUUGUGCUUGAAAAAGUCUCGGGUCCUCGGGAAGUGCAAAACAUAAUCUGCCUAAUCAAUUCCUACUAAAUUAUAAUUUGCCUUUGUACCUUGCACUGGUAAAAAUGAUGUACUUGUACUUUUAGAAGGACGUUGGGAACAAGAUGUGCAACAGUGAAUAUUCUGUGGAUUAUCAUUUUUACAUUUUUGUAUUGCAUUAAUGGCAGUGUUCUGGUUAUGAUACAUUUUUGAACUGUGCAGUCUGAGCUGUAUUUUCCUACCGAGAUACAAUACAUUGUACCAUCUAUGUCUUAUUUCUCCACUGAAACUACAACUGUGAAAAUCAAGAAGAAACAACGGCUAUUGUGGUGCGCACUAAACCAUCACAUUCUUUCCUGAAACCUUGAACACUGAUCAGAUAAGAUGUAAGACAGACUCAGAAAGCCAGAACCAAGGUCUGUACUGUAUAAACAUGAACAUACUGACACAAGCCCUAAUUAAAGUAAGUAUCUUUCAUUAGAAAGAAAAAAAUGUUUAAAAAAACUAUAGAAUCUUAGGUAAUGGAUGUAUAAAUCACACCUCUUAUUCUGCACUUGAAACAUUGUAUUAGUUAGGCCUUUGUUAGCUAAUUGUAUCAUUAUGAUGUUUUGGGGUUUUUCUGUUUUAUUUCUUGUAGUUAUUUAGAUGUUUUGUAUGUAAAUGUGCCUUCAUGUCUGUUAUUGUUUUAAUAAUUUUAUAGUGUUCCUUUUUACUCCCUCUUCGUUUAUUUCUGGAAGCACUUCUAGUUGUAUUUUAUGUAUAAAUAAAUAAAGUUUUUCUGAUGUCA